AUGGUUGCUUUGAUUUCCAAGAAGAGAAAGCUAGUCGCUGACGGUGUCUUUUACGCUGAAUUGAACGAAUUCUUCACCAGAGAAUUGGCUGAAGAAGGUUACUCUGGUGUUGAAGUCAGAGUUACUCCAACCAAGACUGAAAUUAUCAUCAGAGCUACCAGAACUCAAGAAGUUUUGGGUGAAAAUGGUAGAAGAAUCAACGAGUUGACCUUGUUGAUCCAAAAGAGAUUCAAGUACAAGCCAGGUACCAUUGUUCUAUAUGCCGAAAGAGUUCAAGACCGUGGUCUUUCUGCCGUUGCUCAAGCCGAGUCCAUGAAAUUCAAGUUGUUGAAUGGUCUAGCUAUCAGAAGAGCUGCCUACGGUGUCGUUAGAUACGUUAUGGAAUCCGGUGCCAAGGGUUGUGAAGUUGUUGUCUCUGGUAAGUUGAGAGCUGCAAGAGCUAAAUCCAUGAAGUUCGCUGACGGUUUCUUGAUCCACUCUGGUCAACCAGUUAAGGACUUCAUCGACACUGCUACCAGACACGUCUUGUUGAGACAAGGUGUCUUGGGUAUCAAGGUCAAGAUUAUGAGAGAUCCAGCUCAAAGUAGAACCGGUCCAAAGGCCUUGCCAGACGCUGUCAACAUCAUUGAACCAAAGGAAGAAGAACCAAUCUUGGCUCCUUCUGUCAAGGAUUACAGACCAGCUGAAGCAAAGCCUCAAGAGGUUGUUGAAGAGGUCGUUGAAGAAGUUGUCGCUGAAAUUGAUGCUUCUGCUUAA